ACCAAGUGGGUGUCUGAUAAACUGCUCAGCCUUGAGCAGGGGAUGGUGGUCCUCAUCCGCAAGAUGCUGGAUGAAGGGAUUCUGACGUCCUCGUCUAUCUUCGAGCAUACGCUGACCCCAUACAAUGAACAGUCCCCAGAGGUGCUGGAGUCCGUUCUCAGGGACUACAACCUACUCAUCUGCUUCAAGAAGGACGCCCACAAGAUGGAGACCUUCCUCAAGCUACUCAAAUGCCGUCAGAGCAACAAGCUCAGCUUUCCUACUAAACAU